GGGUCCCUGUACGGCCUCCCAUUGACUGCUGUCUCCAUCGCCCACACUCUGCCAUGUGCCACUUUCAGGUCUCCUCACACUGCUGGUGGGUUCCAUUUUGUCAUAGCGUGCUGUGUAUGGCCUCCCAUUGCUGCUGCCUCCACCGCCACAAUGUGGUCUCUCACACUCUGGUUUUUGGCCCCGUGACUGCCCAAAUGAGUGAAGUGUGCCGGUGAUUCUCAAGAUCGACGGCACUCAUCUGCAUGUCAUUACUGACUGACAGUAUUAUUUCUCUUCCCAGCAGACGCUCAAGGGCAUUUUUUUAAAUUAAAGGUACAGUGUUCUGCACUAAUAUAA